CCCGUAUCAACACUGAGACCUGCCGUAGUCUCUUUCAUAACACACACUCCCUCACAACUUAAUGACAUAGGAUCUAAGCGAGUGCGCGGAUCAAGUCGGGGUCGCGCAGCAGCGUUGUCGCGAGGGCAGGUUAUGGAAUAGAUGAUGUCAGAAGUUCAGGGCACUGUGGAGUUCUCGGUGGAGUUGCACAAGUUUCAUAAUGUGGAUCUCUUCCAGAGAGGCUUCUAUCAGGUGAGAGCGAGUCUGCGUGUGUCACCACGAAUCCCCCACAGGAUCACAGCCACAACACCUGGAUAUACUGGCGAGUGCAGUUUCGUCACCGCCGGGGUUCAUGAUGGAGGGGUCUUCAGUCGGAUAUUUCAGAUCCUCUACAGGAAUGAAGAGGUGACCCUUGAAGACCGUAUGAACUUCAGAGUUCACCUCCUGCUGGACGGAGAGAGGGUGGAAGAAGCCAUGAGCGAAGUGGACGUCCAGCUUAAAUUAGAUCUACACUUUACAGACAAUGAACAGCAGUUGGCAGACAUCCCCUCAGUGCCUCUGAUCAGCAGCAGGACGUUGGGACUUCACUUCCAUCCACAUCACGGCCUUCACCAUCACCUGCCCGUCAUGUUCGAUUACUUCCAUCUGUCGGUGAUCUCCGUCUCUAUUCACGCCGCCUUGGUGGCACUGCACCAGCCGUUGAUCAGUUUUACACGGAGUGGUAAAGGGGCGUGGCUUGGUAGAGGCUCUCCUGAGAGUGAGGCUCCGCCCUCCAUGAUGUCAGUGGAGAAUCUGAUGUUCGGGGCGGGGUAUUGCAAACCUGUUCUGACUGAGGGCAGUUUUUAUGUGCCAUCAGAGAACUGUCUUCAGAGAGCGUAUACGUGGCACAGGCACAUCUGUAAACUGUUGUUGGCAGCUCACAGAGGUCUGCGCUCCUAUCACACAGCACUAAUGAAGGAGAUUCCUCAACUCCCGCGCAUAGACAUAGAGGAUCUGCCCAAUGAAGACACAUUAAACCAGCUCAUGAUUCAACUCCAGUUACAGGGUGGUCAUGAAAAGGUAGCAGAACAGAUCAGUAAAGAUCUCAACCAUCUCUGUGCUCAGCUGUCUGCUGUUUGGACUCAGUUUUUAGAAGCAACAGUUCCUAAUCCACAUAUCCGCUCUUAUCUGGCCCAGGAACACCACACGCUCAGGGUCCGGAGGUUUUCAGAAGCGUACUUUUUCACUGAACAUCUGAAAGAGUCCUUACUCACAUUUCAGGAGGAAUUGAUCAACAGACAUGCGCAGGUGGCUGCAGACAUGCGGAACUCAGAUUACCUGCUCCGAAUGCCUCCGCUGCCUGUCGAAUGUCUGGACAUUGACGGAGACUGGAGCAGUCUGCCAAUCAUCUUUGAGGACAGAUACGUGGACACGCCCUGUUUAGACCAUACUGCUCAUAGACAAAAUCAAACCGUCUUCAACUCUCAGACACCACCAGAGACACGACACACCAGGACAGAAGUCCAAACCAUUUGUGUGGAUGAGGGGACACAGGACAGCUUUUCACCAGCAUCAUCCCCAGAGGAGCCCCCCAAUGAAGAGUAUAAAGACCUCCCCGCGUGUAUGACUCAAAUCAGCCAGCAGAGCGAUUGCAUCGAGGACUAUAAAGAGACCGGAGCUGAAAGAGAGGCUGUGAUCGGCUGUUUGGAUGAUAAUGACAGAAACAAACAUACCUACAAGUCUGAGGUCAGGUCUGAAUCUGGUCCAAGAAUUGACGCUAUAGAUGAAGCCACAAGCCAAAAGGAAACCGAGAGCAUUGAUGCAAUAGAUGUAGUCAGUUCUCUAGACGGUAAUGAAGAGAAAACUUCUUGCCAAACAGAAGCAAACUUUGAUGAUCUGCAUGAAAAGACUUUUGUUGAAUCAAAUCAUGCAGAUCGGGAUGCUGCAAAACUUUCUGACCUCACCAGCCUUGACAGCUCUGAGUUCCCGCCCACCCAUAAACACCUAGAAACACCAAGCAAUACUGGGAACCUUGACCAACAAUUAGUAUUAAAUAACAGAUACACAGAAGCACCCGCAAAGGAUUAUGGGAGUACAGAUACAGCACCAGCGACCCUUUUGAACACCCACUCUCCUUUAGCCACUCCCCCCUCUCAUCACACCCUACAACAGCUCCGCCGCCUAUCCGAGACCCCGCCCAGGGGUGUGUUCAUGGGUGGGUCUAAGCUAAUGAACCGCUCCUCCUCUGUGAUCUCAGACUCGGGCAUCGAAAGCGAGCCGAGCUCUGUGGCCUGGACACUGGAGGGUCGAGGAGGGGUCACAGGGGCUCGUGAUGUCCUGCACAACCUGGCACGGCGCCGGACGGCCCACCAGAGCUCUCUGGAGGGCCUACAGACGGAAAGUCACGGCAGUCUACCGAGUGCCACGCAGGCGUCUCUGACUUCCAUAAGCUCCCUGCCGUACGAAGAGGACGAGGAAAGACAGCUCAGCACUUUGACCAAAUCCGCUUCGGCACCGCAGAUCAGCAGCCCGGACGACACGGAGGAGAGGGAAAUGCCCACUCAGGAGAAACGAAACGUGACGGGCGAGGAGACGGAAAAACUAACUGAAAUAUUAAAUCAGGAACUUGACAGGGAUAUGCAACUUGGGACAGAGGGUGUUGAAAAAAACACAGCGGCUGAAAUAUUGGAUGAUAACGUGUGUGUUACAGAGUGUUCUGGAAACCCAGAGCCUUGCACUUGUGACAAUGAACACAAGGUGGUGCUAGAGUUAAAUAAAGGUGUAUAUGAAGAAGACAAUGAUAACAUCGGUGUUCAUGAGAUUCAUUUGAACGUAACUACAGAGAACCUCUCAGAAUCAACAAUCAAUAGCGAGAACACUUGCAACCGUACAACCAAUGAGAAAGAAAGGCCAAGUGACCUCAUUAAACUUUCAGCCAAUGAGAGAGAAAAGCUGACACCAGAGGGAGACAGCAGAGCCGAUAAGGUGGCAAGUUUGAGUCUGGCAUUUGUGAAUAAGAAAGUGGUGGAGGUCGUGAACCUGUCGGUAUCGUGCGCUCCCACAUGUCUGCCCUUCUCAUCCGUGCUCCGCGAUUCGCCGUCGGUCAGCGGACUCUCCACUCGGCAGGCCACCUCACCCAUUACCCAUCAACCCCUGGGCUCCUUCGUACUCGUCUCAUCUUCCUCCUGCUUAGGGGAUGAACAGGAAAUAAAUGAGAGGAUGGUCAACUUCUAUAAAGCAAAAGAAGCUCUUCUGAGGGAGCUGAUGUUUGGAGGCUGUCUCUAUAGUGAUCAACCUCUUCUCGCCUCUGAGCAUCCAUACUUCCCCCCCGAAGAAGACGACACGGAGUUUGAGGACGGGAUACAUCUUGUGGUGUGUGUCCAUGGACUCGACGGUAACAGCGCAGACCUGCGACUGGUCAAGACGUUUAUAGAACUGGGUCUGCCUGGAUCCAGACUGGACUUCCUCAUGUCUGAACGAAACCAGACGGACACGUUUGCAGAUUUUGACACCAUGACUGACAGACUGAUGGACGAGAUCAUUCAACACAUUCAGCUGUAUAACCUCACGAUCCACCGAAUCAGCUUCAUUGGACACUCUCUGGGGAACAUCAUCAUACGCUCUGUGCUGACCAGACCCAGAUUUCGCUGUUACCUGUGUAAACUCCACACCUUCCUCUCACUGUCUGGACCUCAUCUGGGAACUCUGUACAACAACAGCACGCUGGUCAGCACAGGUUUGUGGCUGAUGCAGAAAUUGAAGAAGUCCGGCUCUCUCCUGCAGCUUACGUUCAGAGAUCACAUCGACCCGCGGCAGACGUUCCUCUACACACUCAGCAAGAAACCAGGUCUCCAGUUCUUUAAGAACGUGGUGUUGGUGGCCUCCCCACAGGACCGAUAUGUGCCCUUCCAUUCGGCCCGCAUUGAAAUGUGUCGGACCGCCCUUAAAGACAGAACCACAGGUCCAGUAUAUAGAGAGAUGAUCGAUAACUUACUCCAGCCCUUGCUGAAUGCUCCAAACAGUCGUCUGAUCAGACAGAACGUAUUCCACGCAUUACCCAACACGGCUAACACGCUCAUCGGACGCGCGGCUCACAUCGCAGUGCUUGAUUCUGAACUUUUCCUUGAGAAGUUUCUUCUGGUUACAGGCCUGGACUACUUCAAAUAGCCAAUUCAGCCACACCUUCGAGGUAACAUCAUGCCUUGAGAUCCAGUCAACCAGUACACACUUCCCAGGCAGUAUCGGCCAAAAAGAGAUGAUUUCAGAGAUAUACUCACAUCUGGAAUUAUUCAAUACGUUCAGCCGGUGGACGCAAGAAAACAAAGAUGAACAUGACUUCUGAACCCAAAUACUUAAAAUAUGUACAGAGAGAACAUUGUAUAGCAAGCAAAUCUAGAAAAUGAGCAACGGGAGGCCUACACACGCCUUAAAGAUUUGUGAAGUAGUUGUAUGAUCAUAUCCGGAGGGUUUAUCGUCAGAUGAAUGUGAAUAUCAUUUGAAUGUAAAUUCAAGUGCGUAGCUGAUGUCUUUCAAAAGCUUUGAUUCGUCAUUCACUUCAGUACUCCUACACAACAUACAAUACAGUAUAUUUGCUACGGCAUUCAUAACUUGAAGUGGUUGAAAUCACUGGACUGUAUUACUUGAAACGUAACUGUGACGAGAACUCAAACAAGGAUUUCUUUUUACAAAUCUUUUUUUGUAUAGUUUCUGUGUGUUUCGACAGCUUAAUUCAGCAAAGUGAGAAUCUCACUGUGAUACGAGCCAAAUCCAUCGUGUUUACUGUAUUGUGACGUGAAAUACAUUCUGUACGCUUUCACUCGUAACAGUGUUCGCAGUUGCACAUUAUGUACGAUACGAAUGUUUACCAUACGCAGCCUUACUGAUCAAAGUAUUUCAACUUCACACUCGCUCAGAUGGACCAUUUCAGUGAUGUCUUGUACGUUUCCAUUUGUUUUCAAGCUGAUCUUAAAGCAGAAUUCUCGUAUUCUACAAUACAUUGAGUUUUAAAGUCGAGGGCAGAAUGCCCAGCCACCUUCAUUAGAAACUGUAGGUGCGUCCUAAAUUGGGCACUUAUGCACUAUUCUACGCUAUUUUGUAAUAUAAAGAGUGUAAGUAGUUCGUUCAAAUGAAAAUUAUGAAAAAGAAGUGCGCUUUAAGUAGUCGGAGGAUGCACAGCCACUCGUUUAACCGAAAAUAUGAAGAGUGGAACUCUGGACGCACUCAACGGUGGCAGUUUCGUUUACGUAGUGGAAGGAGGGCGGGGCUAUCAGAUGCUGCUCAAGCAAAGUUGAUCACUGAUGGCGACUAAAGUCAUGCUGGGCAAAACAUGUGAAAAUUUCAUUAAAUCUACAAUGCACUGAUUGAUUUUUAUUGACAUGCAUUACGUUGUGCGUUUGACGUCAUUUACCCUCGGCACAUAUACUUCAGGUUUGUGCAAAACCAUUUAGUAUUCCAUUUGGGGGCGAUCGUACCCUUCCUAAAUUCACACAGAUGGCAUAAUGCAUAGUUUAAACGCAGUGUAUAUGUCAUUUGGGACACAACUAGAAAGUGUUUUGAGCAAUAACAAAAAUCAUUGUUGUUUUAUUUUGUAGAAAAAGGACCUCAUACAUUAGGCUUUGAUGUUGACGGACAUUCAAACAGGAAAAUAAAUCCCAUACUGUAUACCAAAUCCAUACUGUGUAGAUUUGAUUGCUGGCUUUUCAGACUCGGGCUAGGAAGAAGCAACAUGGCAACCACCAAAAACACCAUAGCAACCCCAUAGCAACAGACUUAAACCAUUUAAAACACAUAUAUGACAGCAUAGCAACACUGUAGCCUCACACAGACAUCUGUACACCUGAAAAUGUACACAUUUAUUUAGUAAAUCUAUUUUAUGUAUAUCUUUUUAAAUGAUUUACAUUGCUUUUAAGAAUCAGCCCUUAAACAUUUUGAAUUUGGUGAUAUAAAUGUCUAUGGUAGUUACAAAUGUAUUUAUUUGAAAUAGAGUGAGAAGUUAUUUAUGUGAAUUGUAUUUGUUUAAUUUUCUCAGACCAGCAAAACUCUAUGUUGUCGUGUUGGCAUUGGUUUAGCAACGUAACAUUUUGGGUUGGCUUCUUUGCAGUAGUUUUGUCAUUGUACUCUAUUGGUUUGUCUUAAAGAGCAGUUAGAUCCUCCAGCUUAUGGUCAGUCCUUUUUUCCCGUGACUUUCACUUAACAUGUAAUUUUUUCAAACGAGUUUUUAAAUUAGUCUUACACGAUCAUUUUUUUUAUAUUCUCUUUGAUUUUUACUACUAAAUACAAUAAAGCUGCUAUUGUACCUUCUAUAUGUCAAUAACCUCCAUUACGAUUGGUUGACGGAUGCAGGUGCCAGAAAUAUAUUUCUCUUUCCGUUAUCACAGAUGUUUUUGCUCUGAGGUUGUUAUUGGGCUGUCUGCAUCUCAAGGGUAACACUUUCAAACUCUAACACCUCGGCUUUUCAUCCCAUUCAGCAACUUUAUCUCUUGAGUUUCCGUGAGUUCUGGGUCUUAUUCAGUGACCGUCAGCAUCGUGUGAUUGUGUUUAUGUCAGCAGUUAAAAGAUGCCCCUUUCGUCCCGGUUGAGCUUUAUGUAUACGCUGACUGACGCUUGAUUGGUUGGUAAACAAGAUGUCAUUAUGACUGAUGCAAAUGUAACCCCACCUCUUAAAUACACAGGUCACAUGACCGCGUCACGUGAUUCCACUGCUUCAUUACCGCUGAGGGAGCUUUUAGCCAUAACGCCCCAUUACCCAUCAUGCUGUGCUGCACUCAGUGUGUGUGUUUGUUUGUUUGUUUAAUACUGCAGGUUGAUGACUGUGUUUGCACACACAAAGCAAGCAUAUUAAUUACAGAAAGAGCUGAUGUAUGUUGGGAUGACUGACCAAGGGCAGAAGCAAGCGUGUGUGUAAACACGCACAAUACGUCAAAUCAGGUGUUAAAAAUACACCUGAGAAUACUAUCAACUGAAAUGUCAUAAUGGAUAGUAUUCAAAGAUCCCAUGUUUUAUAAAAUAUUAAAUUAAGAAAUUCUUGGUCAGGCCGCAGUUGCACCCUUUAAUAUUUCUUAAAAUUUCAAAAUGUUAAUAAAAAUCUCAACCAACAACAUCGACAAGCCGGUUAUAUAGGGAUCACUUUCAAUCAAACCCUAAUGUAUGAAAAUAACAUUAAGCCCCGGCCCUUCAUUUUAUGAUCACAUACAGAUCACCCCAAUAAAAAAUCAACAGCCUUGUUUGACAAGUUUAUGUGCGUAUUUGUAUGUCUGUCUAUAAUGUGGCAGCUCAUCUUUGUAAAUCAAUGUUUAACUGCUUCUUAAUUUAUAGCAAUUUGUUUGUUUUAUCCAUACUUGUGUAUUAAGCCAUGAAUGAAUCUGAAAUUGUGUUCAAUGUGAGACUAUACAUGUUUAUUUGCAUCUAUUUAUUUUCUUCCGAUAUGUACCUUCACAUCUGUGCCAAUGCUGAUGUUUUUCUAUGUUUGCUUUAAUGAUGUGUUCCUUGUAGUCCAAAUAUAUAAAUAAUUAUAUUCAGUGUACAAUAAGAAAUAUUACAUGAUUAUAUUAUGAUUAAAUGAAAUAUUACAAUAAAUAAUAUUCUUCUUUUAAAAGUGGAUCUGGCAUGUUUGUAUUGAAACUGCGUCAU